AACGCGACAAGGAAGAAAAUUGUGGAUGCGUGUAAUUCCGACCGGGAUUAAUUAAAGUUAUUAAAACUACUUUCUAAUUCGACGUGGAAGAUAAGCGGUGAAAGACUGGAGCUGUAGUCAACAGCAAAUAUGGCACAGGAUACAGCAAGUCCACAGAAGAAAAUUCAAAUCAUCAAUGGUUGAGGAUGGAAUUGGGACAGUACGUACUACAAGAACCAAGAGCCAUACCUCCAGUUUGAUUAGAGGAAAGGAAACAUUAUGGGGGAGCAUAAACCUGGAAACAAUCUUGAUGAUUUGCAGAGUACACUGAAUGCUGCUGCACAAGUUGGCCAACUGGACCUUGUCCAAGAACUAAUCGGUCAAGGAGCAGAAGUGAAUAAAUGCGACAAAGGAUUAACCCCGUUGAUUAUAGCUUCAACGAAUGGCUUUCUCGAUGUCGCCAAAUAUCUAAACAGUCAGGGUGCGGAAGUAGAUAAAGGAAUUGCAGACAGCUGGACCCCAUUACAUUGUGCCUCCCGCAAUGGACAUCUUGCUGUCUGCAAUUUUCUUAUCAGCCAAGGAGCAGAUCUGAAUGUACGUACCAGCGGGGGUCAUACACCAUUACAUCUAGCUGCUUGGAGUGGGCAUUUUGAUGUUACCAAAGAACUUAUCAAACAAGGAGCAGAGGUGAAUAAAGAUGAUAAUGAAGGUGAGACUCCUUUGCAUAUAGCGUCAAAGAAUGAACGACUUGACAUCAUCCAAGAACUUGUUACAGGAGGAGCCGAAGUGAAUAACCAAGGAAAUGAUGCAAGGACCCCGAUUCAUUUGUCUUCCCUCUAUGGGAAUCUUGAAGUUACCAAAUAUCUGAUCAGUCAAGGAGCUGAAGUGAACAGGAGAAAGGGAGAUAGACGGUCUCCACUGUAUUGUGCAGCACAGAAUGGUCAUCUGGCUGUGACCAAGUUUCUACUUGAUCAAGGAGCUGAGGUAAAUGAUGGUUUGUAUGAUGGCACAACGCCAUUACAGGCAGCUGUGAAGAUUGGCCAUAUUGAUGUCGCCAUAGAAUUGAUCAGUCAUGGUGCUGGAGAUGGUCUUGUUGAUGUUUUAAAAUUCCUGUUGAGUCAAGGAGCUCUAGAGGAUAAUCAUGGUCAUACCCUGUUACAACUAGCUGCUCAGAGCGGUCAUCUUGAUGUGACCAAGGAACUUAUCCGUCAAGGAGCUGACGUGAAUAAAGAUAAUGAUACGGAAUCAACCCCAUUGUUUCUAGCUUCAAGGAAUGGCUUUCUUGAUAUUGCUAAAUAUCUUAUCUGUCAUGGUGCUGAAGUUGAUAAAGGAAAUGUAAACAUUUGGACCCCAUUACAUGUUGCCUCACGUAAUGGACAUCUUGAUGUCAUCAAGUUUCUCAUCAGGAAAGGAGCAGAUCUGAAUAGAGGUACAAGUGGUGGUCAUACACCAUUACAUCUAUCUGUGUGGGGUGGGCAUUUUGAUGUUACCAAAGAACUUAUCGAACAGGGAGCAGAGGUGAAUAAAGCUGAUAGUACAGGUGAGACUCCUUUGCACCUAGCUGCACAGAAUGAACAACUUGACGUGAUUCAAGAGCUUGUCACAGGAGGAGCUGAGGUAGAUAACCACAGAAAGGAUGGUAGGACACCGAUUCAUAUUACUUCGCUGAAUGGGCAUCUUGAAGUUACCAAAUACCUGAUCAGUCAAGGGGCCGAUGUUAAUGAAGCAGAUAACGAUGGUCAGACCCCAUCACAUCUAGCUUCAGAAAACGGUCAUCUUGAAAUCAUUCAACUUCUGAUCAGAGAAGGUGCUGAUUUGGAUAAGAACAAAGCUGAUGGUGUCACUCCCUUACAUCUGGCUGUGAUCAAUAAUAACUUUGAAAUUGUCAAUUUUCUAAUAAAUCAUGGAGCCAAUGUGAAUAAGGUAAUCAAGAGUGGGCAGACUCCUUUGCAUAUUGCAUCUGAAAAUGGUCAUCUAGAAAUUACCCAGUUGUUAAUCAGUGAAGGAGCUGAUGUACAUUACAUCAACAAAUCUGAUGGAGAGACGGCAUUGUUUUCAGCCGUUUGUGAAGGUCACCUGAAUGUCACCAGAUACCUGAUCAAACAAGGAGCUAAAUUGGAUGUUACUGAAAAUCAUGUAAACUAUACACCAUUACAUAGAGCUGUCUAUGCAGGUCACUGUGAUGUUGCCAAACUCUUGAUCAGCGAAGGUGCUGAUAUAGAUAUUGCGGCAGGUUAUGGUUUGACUGCAUUACAUUUAGCUGCUAUGAAUGGGAAUUUUGAUAUGACCAAGUUUCUGAUCGGUCAAGGAGCUGAUAUUGAUAAGGCUUAUUCCGGUGGAUGGUUAGCCCUAGACCUUGCCGCAGCUGCGGGGCAUGUAAGGGUUUCUAGAACAUUGCUUCAUCGAAGAGCUGAGCUGACCGGGGAAAACACUGGAGCAAACCUGAACCUUUGGACAGAAUUGCAUUCUGUUGCAGAGAGGGGUGAUUUGGAUGCUAUGGAAGGUCUUGUUAGUCAAGGAGCUAAGGUUGAUUCACCGGGUUCUUUUGGUUGGACUGCCUUGCACAUUGCUGCAAGUAAUGGGCACCUUGAUAUGUUGACAUAUCUACUUGGUCAAGGAGCUGAGGUGAAUUCCGGAAAUGCCUUCGGGAGGUGUGCGUUGCUGAAUGCUGCUGACAAUGGACACCUGAAUGUCAUUGAGUAUCUGAUCAGUAAGGGAGCAGAUGUGAAUAAAGGAAGUUGCUGUGAAAUGAAUGCUCUACAUUUUGCAUCUAAUGUGGGCAAUUUAGAUAUUGUCAAAACCUUGAUUGGGCAUGGAAUGGGAGUAGACGAUUGUGAUGCUUUUGGAGCCACUUCUCUCCACAUUGCUUUGUAUGCUGGUCAUAUAGACACUGCAAAAUACCUGCUUAGCCAAGGUGCUCAACUUAAUAAGAGGAGUGUGUGUGACUCAGUGGUAGUACAAUUUGAUGGGCAAUAUAGUCACUAUGAUGUUUGCCGAUUUGGCAAGAGCCAUGUAGGUCAUAAGGGCAGUGGAAUGCUUGAAGCCCUCACAGUCUUCAAAGGGGCUCCAGAAAAAGAUCUGUGUGCAAGUAAGUACCAUGAUCAUCAAGAGGAUAAGCAAACUGAAGGUGGGAUGCAUAUAGAGCAUUUAAAAGUAUGUUAUAGUGACCUUGAUAUUCCAUCACUCGUUCUAAAUGAAGUAGGUGAUCAGACAUCACUUCAGUAUGCAGUAGAAGGGGGUCAUCUUGAGGCUGUCCAGUUUCUGGUCUGUCAAGCAGUUGAUGUGAAUGAAAGCAACAAAUUAGGCUGGACUGCUCUCCAUACUGCUGCGCAAACUGGGCGUCUUGACAUCGCAGAUUAUCUCCUUGAACAAGGAGCUAAAGUAACCACAACAGAUGUUGAUGGCAUCUCUCCUUUACAUGUUGCUGCAUUCAUUGGCCAUCGUGAUGUCACCGAGAAGUUUCUUAUGCAAGGUGCAGAAGUCGAUGCUCCCACCAAGGUGAAAGGUUCAAGAGCUCUGCAUGUUGGGGUACAGAAUGGCCACCUUAAUAUCGUAAAAGAUCUGCUCAGUCAUGGAGCUGACAUCGAUGCAGGAGACAGUGGCGGUUGGACCGCAUUGCACAUUGCUGCCCAGAAUGGUCACAUUGAUAUCCUGAAGUUUCUGCUUCAGCACCUUGCAGAUGUCCGCAAAGUGACCUCGAAGGGAUCAUCUGCAUUGCAUUUGUCUGCUGCCAAUGGACACGAUGAAGUCUCUAGGUAUCUACUGGAGCAUGGAGCUGAAGUAAAGAAGAUUAAACCUGAUGGGCCGACUGCUUUACUUGCUUCAGAGUCUGACCAACUAUCUGGGACAGGUCCAGAUGCUGGGUGUGCUGAUGAGCAGAAGAAAUUGCCUCCCUCUAAUGGCCAUGCAGAUACUGAGGGUAUAACAGGACAGGGAAAGCAGGUUGUUCAACAUCAAGCAGAGAAAGGCUGCACAGCUGUUUAUUUAGCCACAAAGUACGGCUACACGACCGUCGUCGAGACCUUGGUUGCCCACGGAGCAGAUCUGAAUGUCCAAUCCAUUGAUGGACAGACUUGUCUGCAUGAAGCCGUCAGACUUGCAGGUCAGAAGAACAGCAAAGUUGAAGAAACAGCAGCACUUAAGCAGAUCUCAGAUGAGUUUUAUCAAAGUGAACUGUCGCCCAGGCGAGCUCUUGUGUUCUAUCUAUUGGACCAUGGGGCAGAGCCCAGUACAAAAGAUAUCCAAGGAAAUCUUCCGGUCCACUAUGCCAAGGAUGAAAUUGUUCGUCAAAUGAUAUUCUCAAGAUCUCCAGAAAUCGAUGUUAUCACAGCCUAUCGAGCUGAAGAGUCGGUAGCUCAAGUGGCCCAUGAAGUCUCGGCUGAUGUCGGAUACGACGGUAAAGUUCUUGAGCUGGAACACCAUUGCAUUGUGAUGGUUGUUCCGCCAGGAGCUAUUGAACCGAACACAUCGUGCAAGAUCACCCUGUGUCUCGUGAGGGACCUCCCGAGCGUCGACAUUCAAGAUGACACCUCAGUGGCCGCCUACGGAAUCAGGUGUGAUCCUCCGAGCGUGGUCUUCCGUCAACCCGUCAAGAUCAGGAUUCCACACUUCACCCUCAUCACCAAUCCUGAUCAGGUCACGCCCGACAUCGUUUCCCAUGUGUGGGACGCAAAAAAAGGAUUGCCAAGAUUAUCAAGGACCAAGUCCUCUCCUUCACCUGACAAACUGCCACACUGCAUGGUUCUUGAGAAGCACCUGGAGUUGUACAUCAAUCACUGCGCUGAGUGGUGGGUACUUAUUCCUCUUGAACAACAGGUCGUCCAUCUUCAACUUCUGUGUACCCCAUACGUUCCGGAUCAGAUCGAACGAGGCAAAGGUUUUGAUGUUCACCUUUACCUCAAUGCAGAUAUCCCAGGAGUAGAUAUGGAGGUUGAGAAGGAGGAAAAGCAGCGUGGAUACCACAGGGCCCACCGCCCUUUCCCAGUCUCUGUUGAUGCUAGAUCUGGUGACCUUUCUGUGACCUUUGAUUGUGAACCUGAGAUUAAUCAAACUAAGCUGCUCCUGCUCAAAGAAAUUCACAGCGGAAUCAGGCAUUGCUUAUCACUGCCAGUAUCUUCCAGUGAAGAAGGCGCGGACUUCUCAGUUAUUAACGUUAUGAUUUCACAAGGGAGAAGACUUGGGAUGUCACGAUCGUUAGCAUUCCUUGUCAGGUGCACAGAUAACUCAGGAGCGGAGUCGACCGAGCCGGUUUCAUUUAUUCGGGCAGUGGAAGAGGCCUCCGACAGCGCUCUCCCCGAUAUUGACAUCGUCACGAUAGCCCAGUUGAUGACUGUGAAUGAGUUCUAUGAUUUGGGCGUGGCUCUCGGCUUCACCAUACAGCAGUUGGACGUUUUCGAAUACAGAAGAUUCCGAGACAGACAGCAAGCCAUCUAUGAUAUGCUAGUGGCGUGGAGGAAGAGACAGACCUCCGGGCGAGAGGCCAAGGAAACGUUUCUUUCGCUCAUGAAGUCUCUGGAAACGCCUCUGAAGCCAUCAGACAUAUCAGCAGCAACUGGCGAGGUUCCGGACAAGAUGCUUCUUGCGCUUGCCCGUCGGAUCAAAGCGGAGGAGUUCUUUGAGAUCGGUAAGAAGUUGGGAUUCAAUCUGACAGAACUACAACACAUACAGCAUCGCACGUGUGCCAACCGGAAGGACGCCAACAUCCAGAUGCUCUCCAGCUGGAAGGCAUCCCAACCGUCUGGACCGGAAGCGAUAGCGGCUUUGAAACUUGUCUGGAAAUCCACCCAAGCGGCAUCAAAAUCUGUGAAAUCAGAGGAUGAGGAAACUUUGCGUGAAAAGAUGCCAAAUGUAACAACAAAACGUGUUGGUAAACAUCCACCCACCGAUAAAACAGAGGCAGAGUUCGUGGAGAUCAUCAGAAUCACAGAUUUAGAUCAGCUUAAUUCUAAAGAUGACAUCAGUAAAUCUGGGGGAUCCCCAACGACACAGGAGCUUUGUAAUGUCGCAAUGGCAGUCAAGGGUUUGCCAGUGGCCUGGGAACUUGGAAGAGCUCUCUGCCUGGAGGACGACGUCGUCGCCGGAUUCCUUGAGCUCCCGGACCCGUCGGCCCUGAGUGACACCGCAAGAAGGCUGGUUGAGGAAUCGUUGAAUGGUUUAGAUCGAAUGGGCAGGGGCACCAAAAGGACUGAGCUUCUGAAGGAAUACAAUCUUCAUCAAAGCCCAAAAGAUGAGGCUCUUGAAGACCUCUACAAAAAGAUUUCUUCUAUGUCCGACCUCCUGCACCUUGCUUCAUACCUUGGCUUCGGUUCUGCGGACAUCAUGCACAUCAUAUGCAGGACGGUGACCUUGCCCAUGCACGUCGUACGUCCGGUUGUUCAUCAGAUGCUUAUGGAAUGGCUACGUAGAGGCGGCACCCGUGUGAGGCUUCUGGAGAUCGUACUUGCUUUCCAUUUCAACGAUGCAGCGGAGAGCAUAGCUGCAACUAUCAAGGUAGAUCCAAUCUUUGUGGAGUUGAUCUCAAGCAGCAUCUUAGAUCAUAGAGGAGGUGUCGUCGAGCUGGAUGAACUGGGUGUCCGGGUGUCCAUCCCUUCCGGGGCGCUUCACCGGGGAAUGAGAUCGGUGGUUACCAUCAGGGUGCCAAGCGAGGGCGCCGCAAGGGUUCCUCUUCGGGAGGGCGAGGUACUGAUCACGCCGGUUGUGGAGUGUUCCUUGACCCAGGAGCUUCUCAACCCAGCCACGGUGGUGCUUCCGCACUGCAUCGGUCCAAAGCAGAGAAGAGAAGGGUCUGGGAUGAUCCUCUACACGAAAACAGGAAUAGGAUCCUUCAAUCGGAGAAGGUUGCUCUUGCAUUCAUCAAAAGGCUUCCAGUUCACCAAAGACAAGGUGGAAUUCACUACGAACCAUAUUCAACUCUGGGCCUUGGCAUCCACCAAUCUCGUUGGAGUUCAGUUCCGGUAUGCAGCCUUCCAGCCGAUCAUCAUGCCUAGUUCCCGGAAAGCUGUACUGCGUGUUUACGUCAUUCACCCAUACAAGAGAUGUAUCAAGGACAUAGAAGGAGAGGAAGAACAGUUGGCAGAACCUUUCUGCCCUGUAACGAAGGCUACCAACUUCUCCUUGGAAUCUACCACGAUGGAUAUAUCAAUAUGUUUCAGUGACGGCUUCAAAGACCAACAAAAAGCGAUUUCUGUUAAGAAUCUACUAGAGGAGGAAAGCAAUAUCCUGAGCUUUGAGCUUGAGUUCUCUCCAUGUGAGGAUGGAAAGAAGAGCUUUUGUUUCUCGAUCCAGCAGGGGUCAUCCACGCUUGCAGAACAGAACCUCAUUACUUCAAUAGAAGUUGAACCGGAUUAUGGAGUUCAUGUGACUGAUGAGCAAGGACAUCAGCACUAUGCUUCGGACACGCAGCUCAAAACCUUGACAAACAUCCUCUCCGUACCCAAUGAGGUGCAGGGUCUAGGGUACCAGCUCGGCUUCACGCAUACGGCCAUUGAGCAGUUCCUCAACAGACGGGAUGCGACCUUCAACAGCGUCUCAAAAUCGGGGUUCGAGGAGAUGCUCCGGGACUGGAGACGACGGAACAGACCGGGAGAUCAGGUGGAUAAAUUACGUAGCGCCAUGACGGCUGCUGGGCUGGAAUCUGCAGCGGACGUCUUUCUCCGUGGCCGUGAGUCGUCGGUGAAGUUUGCGCAACUCAGAAGAGCCAUCCAGGGAAAAAUCUAACAAAAACCUUUAAGGCACCUACCUACUUUGGUGUGAGAUAUUGUCAAAACUGCUUAUUGACCACCAGGGGCCCGUUUCUCAACACCGCCAUUAGUCUAACUUCUUGACUAAAUCGUAGAUAGUGAGCUACUUGUCCGCUAACCGUUUCACGAAGCCCUCUUUGCCAAGAUCGGGGACAACAACCUGACUGAAUAUUUAUGACACCUCCGAACCUGUCGUAACUUCUUUCGUAAUGACGUAGUGGCAUCACGUGGGUAGACUAUGACAUGCAAAAGUGCCUCGAAAUUUGAAAAUUAUAAUCUUACGUAAUCAAUCAUAGAAGUUGCAAUUACAUUGCAACACAGGUGUGAUAGAUCAUUCAAUAAUAAUUGCAAUGCACAGAAACUAUAAAAACUGUUGGUAAAACGCAACAAAACUGCUUUAUUGACCACCUGGGACCAGUAACACUGUGUUGAGUGAUUAAUCGUACGCUUGAUUUUCACGAUUAAUUGUACAUUGUAGUCAUUGGAAAUCAAUCAUAAAAAAGAUGUUCUACAAUGGUUGCUAAAGUUGGUGGUACGGGCUCCUGUAUGCCAUGACUACCUGUCUAUAAAGAACACAAGAGGGAAAGAGAUUGCAGUAGAAACGAACGGAACAAAGAUAGAAAAAUGUUGGUCUGCCAGUAGUCCAAUGCUAGCUGAUUCUUUGAUGCUGGAGAAACGAGGAAACGCUGUGUGUGAACCAUCCCUUUCCAGCUCCUUUUCCCACUUAAACAAAAAACUGGUGGCCUGCCGGUUUGAAGCAACUUUGCCAAUUUCGGGAUUGCACUGAAACUAAAUUAGUUCAAGUGUGUCAUAAUAUUGUCGCAUGAGCAGUCUAAUUCUGUUACGAACAUUUCAGGAAUGUGUGUGCAUCUUUUUUUUUUACCUUAAAGUCUUUCAUCACCUUUUCACUUUCAUUCCGAUUUCCAAUACAUUCAUGAUGGUUGGGUGUUUGAUUCCUGUACGAGAUGCUUUGCUUGAAUAAUAUUGCCUUUUUUUUUCGUUUUGGGAAAACAGUGAAUUCCGUUUCCAGGUAUCUAUCUGAACAAACUUAUUACCAACAAGUGGAACUCAGCUUUUAUAUAUUGUACAUUCAUACUUGAAAAAAAAUUUAGAUGCAAAUCUCUAUGCAGAAAUGUGGUUACACUUCGUAAUUCCGAAGGUUCAUAAUUCCGAAGGUUCGUAAUUCCGAAACACGUAAAUUGCCUAUACCUCGAUGUUCGUUAAUCUGAAAACGUAAAAGGGUUCGUUAAUCCGAACAUUUGUGGCGUUAUUCCGAAGGUUCGAUAAUCCGAAAACGAAAUAAGGUUCGAUGUUCCGAAGGUUCCUUAAUCCGAAAACGAAAUAAGGUUCGUUGUUCCGAAGGUUCGUUAAUCCGAAAACGAAAUAAGGUUCGUUGUUCCGAAGGUUCGUUAGUCCGAAAACGAAAUAAGGUUCGUUAAUCAUUUCUUUUUCGGACUAACGAACCUUCGGAAUUACGAACCUCAUUUCGUUUUUGGAUUAAUGAACCUUCGGAAUUACGAACCUCAUUUCGUUUUCGGACUAACAAACCUUUGGAAUUACAAACCUUAUUUCGUUUUCGGAUUAACGAACCUUCGGAAUUACGAAUCUUCGGAAAUACGAACCUUCGGAAUAACAGAACCUUCGGAAUAACGAAGCUUCAGAAUUACCAAUGUAUGCGCAGAAAUGUAUUGUCUCUUAAUACCUACAAGUUUCCUUAAGAUAUAAAAUGAAAGAGAUUUUUUAUCCUAUUUUUUUAUGUGUAAUUCUAUUAGAAAUAUCUAUUUUCCUAUAUUUGAACAGAUAAUUUUUGAAUAAUUAUUUGUCUUCAAGGGAAAUUCAUCUCGUAAAAAAAUCAUUGAAAUGUCAUUUUCUUUAAAAAUAGAAAAUAAUUUUUAUUGUACCUUCAGUAUAUCAACAAAUUAUUUCACACCUGAUCCUGAAAGGAAAAAUAUAUAUUCAUCAUGAACCAUUCAAAAAUUGAAAUUUAUGCAUUCUAUAUUAUAUAACAUGAGACAACUGUUUGUGUAUGACGACAUGAAUCAAAACAAAAAAAGUUUAAUAAACUUUUUUUUACCUUGGAUGGAUUUUGCUCAAACCUCCACCAAUAUUUUUUACUAUUUUUUCUUGUAUUUUUAUAGAAAAACAUUUCUUCAGGGUGAACUUCCCCUUGAAAUCUCUUCAUGACAACUGAUGACAUCUUCAAAGUAUGAUAUUUAUGUAAUUUCAUUGUCAAUGUAUCUAUUUUCAAACUAUGGUGUAAUUUUCAAUAUGAUGUUUUUCUUCAAAAUUUAAAUAUAUUUUUUUUAUGACAUACAUUUUUCAUUAUAUUUCCUUUUAUUUUAAUGUUAUAAUUUUUUAGUAUGAGAUAUAUUUAUCAUGAUAUGUUCUUCAAUUAUCUGUAAAAAGAUGAUUGAUCUUUUUUUCAAAUCUUUCUCAGAAAACAGUGAAUACUAAUAUGUACCCCAUAUUGGCAACUUUUACAUUUGUCUUUCACUAAUACAUAACAUUUGUCUUUCACUAAAAUAUAACAUUUGUCUUUCACUGAAAUACUACAUUUGUCUUUCACUGUAAUAUAUCACUAUGUAACUGCCAAUUAGAAUUAUUUUGAUCAGAUUUUUUAUUACAUAUUUUCAUACAUAGAUCUUUCUGGUAAAAAUAGAUUAUAAACAUGUUUAGUUAUUUGAUAAUUUGAAUUUGUUCACCUGUAAUACCCACUGACUGUGAAAAGGGCUGAAAAGUACAAGAAAUUUUUUUAUUAUAUGAACACAGUACUUAGAAUGCAGUACUAUUUUUUUUUCAUAAUGAUAAUGAUAAUAAUUGUACAUUUGUAUUGCGCAAUUUCUAUAUGUAUAUAUUCUCAACUGCACAUGCACAUUACUAUUAUUAUUACCCCGGCUAUAGCCGUGCUGCCUACAGGCGUUCUGGCAUUCAAGGAAUUUCUUCCUGCCGGGUUCCCAUUCACCUCACCUGGGUUGGUUAAUUUCUUGCUGAAUGUAAACACGUCAUGGCUGGGAAUCGAACCUACAUCCCUCAGGCUGAAAGGCGAGAGUCCUAACCACUAGACCACGGUGCCCCCACACAAUUUUAAGAUUUUUUUUAAAGAUUAAGUAGGGUGUCAAUGCAUAUAAACAUGGGCAUGUCCGGUGAUUUGUAAAAGAAAAUAUGUACACAGAUUUUUAAAUUUAUUUUUAUUUUUUGGGGGGGAGGGGAUCUUAAGUUAAAUUCAGUGAUUUCGUGCACACUUAUAGCGAAUUUUGUGAAUAUCUUCAGUAAAAAGGGUAGGUGUUUAACUCUAAAUGCUUGCUGCAGCUCUGACCCAUAAUACUUACGAUUAUGAUGAUGCAAAUGUAACCCGUAUCACAUGCACUACGACUGCCAAUUGAAAUUAAUCUGAUCAGAUUUGUUUUCCCAUAUUUUCAUGCAUCGAUCUUUCCGGUAAAAAUAGAUUGUAAAUGAAUUAACUUUUAGUUUUCUGAUGAUUUGGUUCGGUUCAUCUUUGAUUCCAACCGACUAUGAGAAACGCUGAAAAGUACAAGAUUGACAUUUUAAUGAAAACAGUACUUGGAUUGCAAUACAAUUUUAUUUUAAAAGAUUAUUGUGACAUAUGUGAGAUGGUGUUGAUAAACUUGAUUCAAACUGAAAAUACUAGAAAUAUAUGGAUGUUAACAGCCAUAAAGUAUACAUAUUUUUAGUAUUGUUUUGAUCAGGACCUGAAUCAGUUCUCAACACUCAUCAAGAGCGAAAUAAAGGUUGUUUUAGGAACAGGCUAA